UUUUAAUUUUAUUUUUUAACCCUUUCUACAACGGCAUAUUACAUUGUCCUUUAUUCUCUACAGCACAUUCAUUUUACAUAUAAUAUAGUUGCAGACUUUCUCAUCUCUUUUGCUGUUCUAUUCAUAAAACACAUUAAACAAGAUGAUGCUCUACAAACUGGUUGUUCUUGGAGAUGGAGGUGUUGGCAAGACUGCAUUGACAAUUCAGUUGUGCUUAAAUCACUUUGUUGAGACUUAUGAUCCUACUAUCGAAGACUCGUACAGAAAGCAAGUUGUAAUCGAUGACCAAUCCUGUGUUCUCGAAGUUCUCGAUACAGCCGGUCAAGAAGAAUAUACUGCUUUGCGCGAUCAAUGGAUUCGUGAUGGCGAGGGAUUCCUUUUGGUGUACUCAAUCGCUGCGCGCUCAACAUUCGAGAGGAUAAAACGAUUCCGGGAUCAGAUCACACGUGUGAAGGAUUCCGAUAAUGUUCCUUUGAUGUUGGUCGGUAACAAAUGUGACAAGCUCACCGAGCGUGAGGUCUCUCGCGAUGAAGGUGCAAUGAUGGCCAAGGCAUUGCGUUGCGAGUUCACAGAAACAUCUGCCAAAACAUGUGUUAAUGUCGAGCGCUCUUUCUACAAUGUCGUCCGUAUGAUCCGUCAAGCUCGUGAUGGUGGUGCCCCUGCUAAUCUCAAAAAGAAGAAGUCAAAAUGCACGAUUCUUUAAAGAGAUCCAACAGAACAAGCCAUCUAAUAAGCGACCGACCACUCCCCACCUGCACACCACAAAAUGAGAAAACGAAAACAAAAAAGAAAAC